UGUUUCCCCUUGCUUUCAGGGACAGACUCCGCGGAAUGGGGUCUUAGAAAAGCUAAACUUGUCGUGGCUGUUGCCAUAAUAAAGAGUAAACCUCCCGGGAUAAGUGGUCGGAAGCAUGCGGAACAUUUGGCCAACAAGCUGAAUAGCCAGACUGAGGCCUGGAAGACCAAAGCUCAGAGGCUGCAGGAGGAAGUGCUCAGAAUGCGUCAAAAGCUCCUUCUCACCCAGAUGCUCUCAAAGCCAAAGAACACCAGUGGAACAGAAGCUGGUGGAGAUGGCUUCAUGGACCUGCUCUCUCAGGACUUCAUGGGGCCGGGCUUGGUGAAAGAUCCGCUCAACUCAGACAUGGACUCCGGCUGUGGGAUGGAGAACAACACAGAGACACUUCUGCCCACUCAAGACUCUGCAGAACCCAGUGCCCAGCCCGCCUUCCCACCUGUCACCACCACACCCCCCCAGAUCCCAUUCUCCAGCCUGUGUGAGGCAGACCCUCGUGGGAAGGCCAUGCUGCUCCACAUGCAGUUUCUCCAGAGCCUGUGUGGGCUGAACAGGGUGGAGUGGGAGGCAAUGGGUGCGGAGGCUGGAGGGUUUAGCCUGGACAGGAACAAGGACAGGUCCGUGGUUGCAGACUCGGUGUGCCAGUUGCUGUCCUGUGUGGUGUCUGCUAGUAGGGAUGACAGACCCCUGCCCCCACGCUCACUGCUCCUGCAGGCGUCCCGGGUGACGGCCCAGGCAGUGGAUCACUGGCUCUCCCACAGACAGCCCUCCCAGCUAUUUGUGACAGGCAUGGAAGAUUCCCUGAAAGAGCUCACUGAUGUUCUAUUACACAACGGCCAGCUCAACAGGUUCCAGGUUCAGGAGAGGCUGACGGAGUGUUUGAUCCUGCUGGGAGGGAGCAACUUGCUUAGGUCCCUGCUCAUCCGUCAUGUGCUGUCUGAGAUCAACCGGCUGGCAGAACACCUCUGGAUCACCUGCCAGGGGGAAAGCAGCGAGGGGCCCGGCCAGUUUGACAUAUCCCUGUAUGAGAACUCCUUCUAUCUGUUCUGGCUCCUGGAGCAGCUCCUUCAGGUCGGACAAGGACCUCCAGGGGCCACAGGGGGAACUGGGCACCACUGGAGCCCAGAGCAGAGGGCCCUUCUGGGCCGGCUGGAGCAUAGCGUCUUGCUCCUGUCCGAUGAUUUCCCUCUGUACUCCCUCUACAUGUGGCGGAUAGGGGCUCUCCUCGCCCCCUCCGACAUCAACAACACCCAGACCUGAGACUGGCGUUCCAGGAACGAACGCGGCACCGCCACACACGUGUAAUUCCACCUCCAGAUCUUUCUACUUCAAAGGGCUGCAGAAGUUGGUGCAGUUAGUCAAGGAGGAUUUGACUAACUUAGCAGGAAUCAAAAGACAGGACUUGACAGGACUGGAGAAUGAGGUGGUGGCUCCAUUUGAUAU